AUUGUCGCGCAUGCGUUUUAUGGAAAAAUACUCGCGAUCUCUACUACUGGACCGUGGACAUUGUACGCUCUGAGCAGCGUACUCAACGAUUUCGAGGUUAAUUCACGUUUUAUUAAUCGUUUAUGUGUACCCCGGAGGAAUAAACUUUUUACCUUACGACAAAUAUUGUUCAAUAAUUUAUUGAACAAUAAAAGCAUCCAACCAUGGGAGUACCAGCAUUCUUCCGGUGGUUGAGCCGAAAAUACCCUUCGGUCAUUAUCGAAUGUAUAGAAAACAAGCCGACUAGCGUCGAUGGUACAACGAUCCCAGUCGACACUUUAGAACCUAAUCCAAAUGGGGUCGAAUUUGAUAACUUGUAUUUGGAUAUGAACGGCAUAAUACAUCCUUGUACACAUCCUGAGGACAAACCUGCUCCAAAAGAUGAAGAUGAAAUGAUGGAAGCCAUAUUCGAGUGUAUUGACAGACUGUUUCGUAUUGUUAGACCAAGAAAGUUGUUAUAUAUGGCUAUUGAUGGUGUUGCACCCAGAGCCAAAAUGAAUCAGCAAAGAUCUCGGCGGUUCAGAGCAUCGAAAGAAACGAGCGAAAAGUUGACAGAGAUGGCUAGAAUUCGAUCAGAGUUGGCAUUGAAAGGAGCAUUUUUACCACCAGAAAAACCAAAAGAGGACCACUUUGAUAGUAACUGCAUCACUCCUGGUACACCAUUUAUGGCAAGACUGUCGGCGUGUUUACAUUACUAUAUACACGAUAGACUAAAUAACGACCCGGGUUGGAAAAAUAUUAAAGUUAUACUCAGUGACGCUAAUGUUCCUGGAGAGGGUGAACACAAAAUUAUGGACUAUAUCAGAAAACAAAGAGCUCAACCAGAUCACGAUCCGAAUACACAGCAUGUCCUGUGUGGAGCUGAUGCGGAUUUAAUCAUGUUAGGGUUAGCUACGCAUGAACCAAACUUCACCAUUAUUCGAGAAGAAUUUAAACCAAAUAAGCCAAGGCCUUGUGAUAUCUGUGGUCAGUUAGGUCACGACAUGCAAGAUUGUCUUGGUGCUGAACCAAAUAAAAAAGAAGAAGAGAAAAUCUUUGGUUCAGAGUGUCAGUUCAUUUUUGUUCGCUUGAAUGUUCUUCGAGAAUAUUUGGAACGGGAAUUACAGAUGCCCAAUUUACCUUUUAAAUAUGACUUUGAAAGAGCUAUUGACGAUUGGGUAUUCAUGUGUUUCUUUGUUGGUAACGACUUUUUACCUCAUUUACCAUCUUUAGAAAUCAGGGAAAAUGCAAUUGAUAGGCUUGUAACUUUGUACAAAAAGACUGUUUAUAAAACUGGAGGUUUUUUAACUAAUAGUGGAGAUGUAAAUUUAGAUCGGGUACAAUUAAUUUUAAAUGAUCUCGGUAAUGUAGAAGACGAAAUUUUUAAAAAACGUCAGCAAAAUGAAUUGGCAUUUAAAGCACGUGAAAAGAAUAAGAGAAGACGAAAUGAAGCUAUAAGUAAUUAUAAACCAAGCUGGACUCCCGUGGGCCAAUUUGCGCCUAAUCCUCUGGGCAAAGAAGUAAAGCCAGUACAAAAUGCGCGAUAUGAGGCCUACCAAAUGCGGGUGCAAGGAAGAAAUUAUAAUACAAGUGCUGUUGAAAGAGCAUUGCAAGGCACUAAUGCUAGCCUUGCUUUAGAGAAGAUGAUAGUACCCGAGGGCGAAAGUUCAGGAAGUAGAGGUCAGAAACGUAAGCACGAAGAAGUUGAAAAGGAAGAAGACGAACAAGCACAUGAUGAAGUAAGAUUGUGGGAAGACGGUUUCAAAGAUCGGUAUUACGAAUCUAAGUUUGAUGUGCUGCCGGAUAAUUUAGCAUUUAGGAAUAACGUAGCACUUCAAUAUGUUCGAGGAUUGUGUUGGGUUUUACGUUAUUAUUAUCAAGGCUGUGCUUCAUGGAAGUGGUACUUUCCGUACCACUACGCUCCGUUCGCUAGUGAUUUUAUCAAUAUAGGUGGCCUUUCAACUGAGUUUGAAAGAGGAACUAUUCCAUUUCGACCACUAGAACAACUCAUGGGUGUAUUUCCAGCUGCUAGUUGUAAGCACGUUCCAGCUCCUUGGGCAACAUUAAUGAAAGAUUCUACAUCACCAAUCAUCGACUUUUAUCCGGAAGACUUUAAAAUCGAUCUUAACGGAAAGAAAUUUGCUUGGCAAGGUGUAGCCCUCCUUCCCUUCGUCGACGAAGAACGUUUGUUUAAGGCAUUGGAGCCUUAUUACGGCCAAUUAACCGUGGCAGAGAAGAAAAGAAACGUUCGCGGAGACGAUAGACUUUACGUGGGACCUGACAACAGUGGUUUUACAUUUUUGAAAGGCUUGUACGAAAACAAAAUAGGCUAUGACCAAGAAGUAGAAAUUUGUAUAGAUGGUAUGCGUGGAACAGUCUUGUUGGCCGAAGAUUGCGUCGGAGAAGGCGCAACGCUGCCUUCGCCAAUAAAUACACUGCCUGUUAGAAACAAUAGAAUAAUUUGUGUGAGAUUCCGAGAUCCCAAGUACGGUUCCGAUUUUAUAUUCCCCGCGAAACGACUUAAGGGAGCCGAGGAGCCACCUCGAGUUCUGAAGCCACAAGACUUUGAACAAAUGAAUCGCGGAGGUGGGGGCAACAAUCAGUGGCGGCCACAAACCAGUUUCGCUCCUUCAAAUAAAGUUGGAUCACUUGGUGAUGCAGGCCACAGGAUGUUGGGGCAUCACAUGAACAAUCAAAACAAUCGCCAACAAGGAAUUUAUGGCCACGUCCCACCGCCUGCUUCUUUGCAGCAGUCUUCUAGAGGCGGCUACAACAGCGGAUAUUCGUCGGAUCGUCAGAAGGAUUCGAGAAGCCAUUCGGGCAAUCAAUCGGGUCAGUCCCGAGGUGGUCCGUGGGCAAGUGGAUAUCAGUCGAAUCAUUACCAGGGACAGCAGUCUUAUCAGAGUUAUCAACAGGGUGGCUAUGGACAACAACCGCCGCGCGUGAUUCGUCCAUAUCAGAACGCCCAAAACGAGCAAGGCUCGAAAUAUAAUCAACAAUCAAACAGACCAUACGGAAAUAACAGACGCGGCGGUAGAGGCGGUGGUUUCUGGAGCGGCCGAUAAUCGAAUCGUCGAUCAUUUUGAAGAAUCGAAGCAUCGCACAGCCAACACUUAUUGUACAUGGUUUUCAACGAAUGAUUUCGACAUGCAUUGAAAAUAAUGCAACACAACGCUGCUUGUAAAAUAAUCUAUCAAUCGUUGUUAAUUAUAAUUUUUUUACGCAACUAUAUGAAAUCUUUAAAACGAAAAGUAACGAGGGAAAGAAUUGUGUAAUAUUAUUUAACAGAGAUCUUAUAUCUAAUUAUACAUUAUGACGAGUGCGUUAUAUUAACUGUAUACAAACAAAAGAUGUAGUUGUAUAGUCAAUGAAAUAUAUUUGUACGACCAGUAAAAAAAUGUAUAACGUCAUCGCGCGAUAGGUCGAGUUUGAGCGUUUGAGGUAGGAUUUUGGUAUGGCAUAUAGCAUCCACACGCGCAGUAUAAGCCGAUGAUGGCCAAAGUAUUUCUUAAACGAAUGAAACUAGCCGCCUGUAUCGAUUUCCAUUAAGCCGAUUUUUCAUCCUCUCUCUCUCUCAAUCUCUCAAACCCGUCGAGUUUUACUUUUCACACACAUACUAUAUCUCGGUUCUUUGUUAACUUUCGGUUCGCGCGAGCAAGCGCUUUUCGGUACAAAUUCAACUGUAAGCAUAUACGAUUAAAAAUUGACCUACUGUAUUCUAUAAUACGGUGUAUAGAAGUCAGAAUAAAACGAGAAUGUUGUCUCGUCGAGAAAAACGGAAA